AUGAAACUGCAUAAAAAAAAUGUAUUAAUUCGUUCAAGUGUGCAUUCUCCAUCGAACUUUGAUUCGAAACCCUCAACCUAAAUUCCUCGAUAGAGAUCUGUUAAUUAAUUUGAAGAAGCUGAUCCUACUUCAAAAGGUAUUAGGAAAACUAUAUUUAUGAGAUAGAAAAGUCAUAAAAAUGAGGAAUGUUGUUGACUUAGGAGAUGCAACAGAAUCUGCUAAUAAACCCUCUUCUAAACGAAUGAGGAGAUAGAGUAAGGAUGAAUAAGAUUAAUUACUUGAAUAAUUAGAUUAAUGGCAUGAAUAAGUAAUUUCAAAGAAAAAAACAUUUGCUUUUGAAUAAGUUAAAUAAAAUGACAAUAAAUUAAUGGAGAAUGAGUUUGCCAACGAUGGAGGACCUUAAAUUAAUUAAGCCAUUAUAAAUUCUAUUCUUAAACCACAAGAAAAAUAAUAAUUAAAGAAUUUAUCAUAAGAUGAAGAAUAGAACUAAAAUGUUUAAGUGAAAUUUUAAUUAUUAAGAUCAAAUAAGGAAUCUAAUAAUCCUGUUUUAAAAACUUUAGAUUAAGUUAGGAUAGAAAUGAAUAAACAUAUUUUAAAUUCAUUGUUAUUAUAAAAGGUUACAAAGAAGUUGGAUGAUUUAUAAAUUAAUAGAACAGCCAAAUCAAAUUGGAAUCAUUAAAAAAUGGAUUAAGAAACAGCUUAAGUUGUAAGAGAUUAAUCAUAAGCUAUCAAAAAUUCAACACUAAAUAAUUUUAAGGGAUUAACUGAAUAUUUUAGUAAUCCUGCUUAAUAUAUUGAUUAUGAUAUAGUCUUAUCAAAGGCAAAAUAUUAUAGUAAUAGACCUCCUAAGUAAUUCUAAGAGAAUAUAGUAAUGACAGGAUAAUAAUCAUCAUCUUCUGCAAAAUAAUUAAUGGAAUCAUAUUAAUAGUUCUAAAUUUAAAUUAAAGAAAAUAAAUAAACCUUAUAUUAAAUGAGAUUAGAUAAUAAUUAAUUAGUUUAAUAAACAACUAAAAAGGAAGAAGAAAUAAGUGAAAUAAGAAGAAAAUAUUAUGGAAAAGAAGAAAAAGUGAGAUUAGGUUAUGUUCCUGAUUAAGAAGGUAAAAAAAAGAACAUGAUGGAAAUUAUUGAAAAAAUUAUAUAAUAGAGAGAUUAAGAAAUUAGAAAUAUUUAAAAAUUCAUUAACUAAAUAAAAGAUGAAAUGCAUAGAAAUAUAGAUAAAUAGGAAGUAAUUUAGAAAGAAUUAGAUGAAUUAAGAUAAAAAAAGAGAAGAUGUAANAAUGUUGA